AUGCACAACAGCGGAAUUACCCUCAUCAAGCACCCCCAAUAUUACUAUGCAGAUGGUCAGAUUGUCUUUCAGUGCGAGGGAUACCUGUACCGCCUAUACAAAGGCAUCCUGAUGCAGAAGUCCAAGCUCUUCAAAGCAAUGCUAUCGCUUCCCCAGCCUCACUGGCAAGGCGGAGGAGACACGACAGCUGGAAGCACAAAAGCCGCCCUUGAUGGGGCAACAGAUGAAACUGCUAUUAAUCUGUCAGAGAGCCAUACAUCGACAGAGUGGGAUCACCUCCUCUCCUUUCUCUUUCCUGUAUGGACCGGGGAAGAACGUCCUGUUGACACCUUGAUAGAUAUCUUGAACCUCGGGUCAUUCUAUGAGGUUGAGGAAGCAAGGGAAUUCGCAAUACAGACCCUCAGCGUCAGACAGGACUUCAGGCCAGCAUUACGGCUCAAUGCUGCCCGACGAAACAGGAUUCUGACCUGGGUAGAGCCCGCAAUGCGGCAGCUAUUUCAGGCCUCGCUCGCGGAUCUAUCAGACAGUGAUGCGAAACUUAUUGGCCCGGAAACGUUACUGGAUGUCGCAUGUACCAAAGCGAAGAUAGAGACGCACAGGAAACGUCUUGCACUCUUCCCACCGAAGGUCGUGCACUCGGCGUACCUUUGCGAUGACAAGGAGGGUUGUACUCACGCCUGGAAUACCGCCUGGUGGGGACAGUAUGACAGGCCCGGUGUUGCAAAGGCUAUCUUACAGCUUCAGAAACCACUGCCGGGGCGAGAAGUUGUAGAGCGCGUCCAGGCUAUCAAUGUUGAAGGGAUGACUUUCUCUUGUAAGAGGCAGACGCUCGAGAACCUCCAGAAGGAACAUGUUAAGGGGAUGUUCUCAGCAGAAGAUAGGCUGAUACAAAAUGUAAUUGACCAUAUCUACAAACAUCUCGAACAGUCAAUGUAA